AUGUCGGAUUUCAACCUGGCUGAUCCUCGAGGAUGGGAGUGCGACCUGCAGUCUGUCUACUCUGCGUACAUGGGUCACUUUCAGCUGCACAACGUCCCAUGGUAUGAGCGGUCGUGGGGAAUAUUCUUUCAAUCAUUCGAGGCAUUCCUCACUUUUGCCUGGCCAGUCAUCACUGUCACGGACAGCUGGACUGGCAGAGCUCAUAUCGUUACUCGGAUGACAUCCGUGGGCGCUUUCAUCAAGAUGAUCAAGACGAGGUUCGGCGAAACUCUUCCCUUGGUAGACAACAUACUGCGCGUCAGCCCGUUCGAGACUGCCCAGAGGCACCUCCGCACGGUCUCCGACUAUGCGACGUACAAGAAACUGCACGCGACGCUCCCCUCUGCGGUCCUUGCCGCGCUGAAAGUGCGCAUACGCAACGGCGAGCCCAAGGGCGUCCGCGACCUCUGGGACGCGAAGGACAAAACAUUCCUCGCCAUCGACUUCGAGUGGUCCGAGCGGAACACGUCGUCUUGUCUGGAAGUUGGCUAUGCUGCGGUCCGGUGUGGGCAUCUUGAUGCUGUCGGUACGUGGCCGCCUGACCCCGAACCAAAUUACAGGCGUGGACACUACAUCGUCGCCGAAUAUGUGGACAAGGUUCACAACAGGUACCGGCCUAACUUCCCUUGGGCGUACGCGUUUGGUGAGAGCCAAGUAGUGCCAAAGGCUAAGUUACCUCAGUUGCUUCAAGCCGUGAUCAGCAGUCUCGCCAGCCCGGAUUCGGAGACUCUGCCUAACACCCUCGUGCUCGUCGCACACGGGAUCAGUGGAGAUCUGCGCCGUCUGGAGGAGAUGAAAAUCAAACUGCCGCACAACGUGCUCAUCAUCGACACCGCCGCGUACGAGCGCCGGCUCUUCACAACAGGGCACCGCGGGAUAAUGCAAGGCUCCUCGGGCAAGCCGCGCGAGCCAGGUUCGCUGCUGUCCCUCACGAACCUCCUCCAGUCGCUCGGCGUCGACGUGCAGUGCACGAUGCACAACUCGGGGAACGACGCCUUCAUGUGCCUGCUCGCGUUCCAACUGCUGCUCGAUCCAGAGCACACAAAGAUCCCCACACCGCGCAACGCAAACAGAUCCGCGCUCGCAAUGGCGCGCGGCAUGAACAGGAGCCCGUCUAUAUUGCCCUCAAUCGCGCUCAUGCCUACACCUCCACUCGCGUACUCCCUCGGUGCCACGCCUCCGAGCUCGGUCGGCCACCAGUCUCCGCGCACGCCUGACGAGUACUUCGACCAGGACGUUUCCCCGCGCCCGAUGGGGUAUGCGCACGCGGUCUCGAUGAACGGGCGCGGCUUGCAGCGGUUGAGCGCUCUGCCGCCAACGCGCCCGAGGAGGGCGAGCUCUGCGAACCCCUCACCGGACAUUGUGGAACAGAUGAACAACUUAGCCGUGAAGGACGGGGUGUGA